AAUUCCAACCAAAGCAAAGGUUAAGAAAACAUGUUUCUCCUGUUCAGCCGGCAGCGACGUCACUGUGUUUGUCAAAGCCAUUCACUGAACAAUUGCAUUGAAAUGAAAUGAAAGGAACAGGGAUAGUCCACCAGCUCACUGUCACCAACUGACUAGUUGCAUGUAGAGAGUUCCAGCGGUUGUGAGGAGGAUCUGAGAUGCGAAGGCGUCUUUCGCUGGCGUGCGGCGCUGAGGCAUGUCUUUAAGAGCGUCUCCUUUCCCCAAUUUCUUCCUGGAAGGCCUCCAUGCCGUGGGAUGGGGUCUGAUCUUCCCUUGUUUCUGGUUCCUGGACCGUCUCCUCGCCGUCUGCAUCUCCACCAGUCUGGAGCGCAUGUGGCGGCGCGAGAUGGAGUGCUACCUCCACCCGCUCCAGGUCGUCUUCAGCUCCGUCCUCUUCUUCAUCCUGUUCAUAAUCUCCACGCCGUUCGCCCUCCUGGGGUUCGUGCUGUGGGCGCCGCUGCAGGCCGUCCGCCGGCCGUUCGCGUACCACCAUCAGGAGCAGAUCAUUCCCAUGGAGGAUCGCAAUGCUAGGUGGGAAGAGACGGGGAAAGUCAGUUUUGGGUUUUUGACGGGAAACCUGUGUCUGCUUCCCGACGGCAUCGCGCGCUUCAACAACCUCGGGCACACGCAAAAACGCGCGGCGUACAUCGGUAAAAGCAUCGUCCAAGGCGUCACCCGCCCUCACAUCCGUAUUUUCGUAGAUUCUCCCAGCAGCUGCGGCACUGUUACGCCAUCCAGCAGUUUGAUCCCGCAACCGCCGCCAUCCUCGUACGGAUCCAUAGACGUUUCCGCGUCCAACCAGAUGGACGAUGUUCGCGAAACCGACGGCCUUCCCAAACCCAACAGCAAUCAGAACUCCAACCAGCACAAGGAUCCGCCUCGGACGCUCCCACAAGACGCUGACGUCCUGAUGGAAGUGUCCGCUCUGUUCCCGUCCUCCGUAGACAUCGUGUGUCUCCAGGAGGUUUUCGAUAAGAGAGCUGCUACGAGGCUCAUGCGAGCUCUCGGUCCGCUCUACGGACACGUGCUCUACGACGUCGGCGUCUAUGCCUGCCAGCCGGCUGGAACGUGCUCGUCUUUUAAGUUUUUUAACAGCGGUUUGUUCCUGGCUAGUCGCUAUCCCGUGAUGGAGGCUGAGUAUCGCUGCUUUCCCAACGGACGAGGGGAAGACGCUCUGGCUGCCAAAGGACUUCUCACUGUAAAGGUGGAAAUUGGGUUGCAAAAAGGUGAUAAGAAAAUGGUCGGGUAUAUUAACUGCACUCACCUGCACGCUCCUGAAGGGGACGGAGCGAUUCGCUUCGAGCAGCUGAACAUGUUGACCAAAUGGAUCAGUGAGUUCCAGGCAGUGACCAGACGAGAAGAUGAGAUGGUGAUGUUUGAUGUGCUCUGUGGAGACUUCAACUUUGACAACUGCUCUCCAGACGACAGGCUGGAGCAAAGCCACAGUGUGUUUGAGGAGUACACGGACCCCUGCAGAGCCGGAGCCGGCCGAGAGAAGCCCUGGGUCAUCGGAACCCUGUUGGAGCAGCCAACGCUGUACGAUGAGAACAUGAGGACACCAGACAGCCUGCAGCGGACUCUGGAGACUGAAGAACUGCGUAAGGACUAUAUUUCUCCUCCGGUGGCGGUCGAAGGUGUUCCUCUGGUCUAUCCUGAGCCCGAUGAGCCCUGGACGGGCCGCCGGAUCGAUUACCUGCUGUAUCGAGAGAGCGCUGUCUCCAGUCACGGCAAAACUGAGCUGGAGGAGUUGACGUACGUGACGCAGCUGGCUGGACUCACGGAUCACGUUCCUCUGGCCUUCAGGCUCUCCGUCUCUCUGGAUCCACAGCACUAAUACACAAAGAUGUGUGCUUACGAGUGGACCAGACGGAUGAGGACACUUCAAAACAUCCAUCAGAAAGCAACCAAAUGCUUCAGACCAACAGUUCACCUCAAAUAGCUAUCAUUCAUUCACACUCGGAUGAGUUAAUGAUGACAGAAUCAUUUUUAGGGAUCAGUAAAAGAAGAGGCCUAUCAUUUUAAAUGCUUGAGAUGUGGAGAAACACCAAAUAUCACUUUAUGAAUCACUGUAUAAUCAAAGCAAUAGUUCUGACACUCGUUCCUAUGCAUCUGUACAGUGCCAGAGUUUAUCUAAGCAUAGAUAUUACAAACACAUAGAGAACAUUCUGUUUUUUUAUGACACUGUUUUUUUUUUUUCAUGAUGACACAGAAAUGAUUUUAGAAAUAUAUUUUAAUAAAAGGGUAGUUUUUUCAUAACACGUGAUCCUUGACUUUUUCCUGUGUUUCUUCAGUCCUCUGUGAAAUCAUUUAUUAUUGUAUUUCCUGAUCAUAUUAAGCAUUUUGUCUUUCUUGAACCAUAACACAGUAACACUAUACCUGGUAUUCGAAUCAUAUGCUUUAUUUUCUCUUUCAGAAAUAAUAAAUGUACAUUCAUUUUAUUUACUUUUUUAUAUCUUGAAAUGCAACUGAAGUCCAUUUGGGUAAGUGUGUUGCCAAAUGCAUGGAUGUACAUUUACAGAAAUACCAUACUGAUUCAGUUUAAAUACCAUGGUAUUUUAAAUGUGGUAAAGUAUAAUAGUAUUUUUUAAAACAUUGUGAUGCAAAAACUUGAGAACUCACAAAUAAAGUGUUUCAAAUGUUUUAUUUUAAUAGUAAAACAUAACGUGUCCAAUAUCAACAAGGAUCGUAAAAAAAACUUAAAGGUUGUAAAUAAAAUCGAUUAUUGGAGUAGGAUUUGCGAGAAAAUAUAAUUAAAGUCAUUUUAUGCUAUAUUCAGUGCUGUAAUUAUAUGUGUCUCUGGAGAACAAAAGCAGUCAUAAGUAGCACAGGUAUAUUUGUAGAAAUAGACAACAAUACA